AUGUCCACCCCCAAUGAUCUCCAGGCUCUCCUGGCGAGCAUCAGACCCCGUCCAUCUCCUUGGAACACCCCCGGUCAGGACGCUCCCAUGGCCUCAUAUCCUCCGCAGUACCAUUCGGGAUACCGCCAGCAUCAGCAGCAGUCGCCCUACGAUGGUCAGAGCUACUCUCACCCCCAGCUGCAACAGCCUAGCUACCGCCACCCCUCGGUUUCGUCUGCCGUCCACAGUCCUUCGCCUCUGAAUACUCCUCCCCAUAAUGGCUCGGAUAUUCUUAGUCCUAAUGUGCCUACUCCUAGGAGUGACAUGUUCCCCCAGCAGUCGUCCGUGCACCAGCAUCAGCCGCUGCCCCAGAAUCCCGACCGGGCCACCAAUCUGCUGAAUUUGUUGAAAUUCAGCCAGCCUGCGCCGGCUGCUGCCCAACAGUAUGCCUCUGCUAUGGGGGUUGACCAACCCAAACCGGCUGCGGUCCAUGAACCUGCUGUCAUAGAGGAAGCCUCCAAGUCCCACGUGAGAAACAUCUCUGCAUCAGACCUGGUCGCUUCUCUCUUCAGUCGACAGGAGGGCACAACUCCUCCUGUCAAUUCUGCGGGUUCUCAGUAUGCUGCCGGUGCGGCCGGGGUGGGCGAAGGCUCUUCUGCCGCCCCGACCGCGGAAAACACCCAGGAAAUGCUCUUACGCUUGCUCAACCGUCCCAAACCCGCUCAGGACGUACCAGAGGAACCCGAGAAAGCGGCCUCGCAGUCGUCAGGCUCGAUUUCUCCCCAGAAAUCUCCGUUCCCCGGCGCGGAACCUGGCAAUGUCCCCACUCCGCCGGCCCAGGCCGUCGAGGAGUCUCGGGUUACGGGAUCUCGUCCCGAGGAAGCCGUGUCUGGGAAACCGGAUUCAUUUGCUCUUCCGUCCAAACCUUCCCUGGCGCCCAAGGAGCCGAUAUUUACGUACGUCAACCCGUUUGAACAGCUUGCAGCCGUAUCUCCUCGCAAGGAGACCCCACAGCCCAAACCUCAGAGUGAGGGCCCAGCCGUAGAGGUAUCGAAAAGCCACAAAGUCAACGUCACUGCCCAGGUCGAGCCUGCUCCUGUGUUCUUCCCUGCGGAGCGUGCCAAGUCCCCUGUUCUGGCCGAAGAACAGAAGGAGGCUGUGACCCAAGUGGUCGACAAGCUAGUGGAGCAGAUCUGCCGUGAUGUUGACGAGGCAGUCGACAAGUCGACUCAGGAGCAGGCGAAAUCUACCGUCCCAACGGGCCGCGAAGGGAGUACCCAAGAGGGGCUCCCUCCCAUCGCUGAUAACCUACCUGAGACCGCCACGGAAGCCAAGGAAAAUGUGAAGAAUGAGGAUAGCAAAGAAGCGGUGAGCGAUGCUGCUGCCACGAAGGAGACUCCUCCCGAUAGCGGUGAUGCCCUUGCAGACAGCUGGGAGAGUGCUGAAGAUAGCGCCGAGAAGGAGGAACAGCGUAUUGUUCAGGUGCACAAUUUCCCCCUGAAGCCUUUCAUUUCUAUCACUGUGAAAGUUUAUCCUGGCAAGCUUUCAGCCUUGCGGGAUGAUGGUAUUAUGGACAUUGCUCGACUUAAAAAAGAAUUCGACCAGUUGGAUCGUUCCUUGACCUCGGCCACCGCGGAUUAUAUUGUCUACGCUCUGGCGAAGAAUGGAGGAAUCCGCAUCAUCCGUCAAGAUGACGGAAGUGACAAGCAAGUAUUCCGCGCUACCCGUGAUCGCGUUUUUAACGUUGCGGUGUGCACCUCGCAAACCACCACCGGUUCGUCCGAAGAACAGGCUGUUCUGGGCAUCGGCGUCAGCGGUACGGUGUACUGGGCUUUGAUCUCGAAAGCGGACAAGGAUCUCUUUGAACUGGACGCCCUGGAGAGUGAGAGCCUCAUCUUCCCCCCGUUCCCGGCAUCGGACGAGAACACUUCUGGAGGCCAGCUGAAAACGCGGGCCAAACGGAGCUCUCGCCAUCCCGGUCUGUUCGCCAUUGGUCGUGGCAAGAACAUCUAUGUGAUCUCUCCACAAGCCGCCGCCAGUCCUAGCUAUGGCGUGUCGGGCAACCAGCGCACGGUCAACACGGAGAAAUUCUUCAAGGAGCGCGCCCUUAAGAUUUCCACCGGCAAGGCAGGCAAGGACUUCAUGUUCAGCGACGAUGACACGGUCAUCGCCUCCCUCGACAAGACCGGCCGUCUUCGAUUCUGGGACAUUCGCGAGGUGGCCGCUAAUUCCGCCUUCUUCAGUGCAGGGCCCACCCCGGCUGAGGUCCGCGUCCCGUUGAAUACCUUCGUUACCGGUUCGCCUGCGGAGAAGUCAUGGCCCACCUCUAUUCUAUUUAUCGAUAAACUCCGUCCUUACGUGAAGUCGAUGGCGCUCCGGUAUGUUCUGGUGGGACUGAAGCAGAACCACACCUUGCAGCUCUGGGAUAUUGGGCUGGGCAAGGCUGUGCAAGAGCUCAAGUUCCCUCAUGAGAACGAGUCGGAUGCAAUUUGUAGUGUUGCGUACCAUCCUGGAUCUGGAAUUAUCGUCGUGGGUCACCCAACGCGCAAUUCGAUCUAUUUUAUUCACCUGUCUGCUCCGAGGUAUAACCUGCAACCCAUGUCACAGGCCUCUUUCAUCAAGCGUGCGGCAGAGAAAGAUAGCAGCCUACCUAAGCCUGAGUCCACCGCGUGCCUGAGCGGCAUUCGCGAGAUCUCCUUUGCUUCCAAGGGUCAGCUGCGGAGUCUGGACCUCCUUCCCAUCACGAAAGCAGCUGGCGACGACGGCGGGCUGUUUGAACUGUACGCAAUGCACUCGCGUGGAGUGACAUGCCUGAACAUCAAGAAGGAGGACCUGGGCUGGAGCCCGGAAAAUAAGAUUAUCCGCCCUGUUAACGCGCUCGAGGAAGACCUGAUCGAGAUCUCGGAGCUUCAGUCCUUCCCAACCUACGUCACGGACGAGCCGUCUAUUAAUGGAGAUUCAGCGCCUACUCCAACCAAGGUUGCACCUAAAGAGGUGACCAAAAAAGCCCCGGAUGCGCCAAGCUCGGAAGCGGCCAGCACUGCUGCUUCUGCCGUACGGACCCAGUCCCCCAUUAAACAGUCGAGGAAGAAGAUGGGCGAUGAGCAGGCGGAAUCUUUGGCCACGGCAAACAGCUCGGAAAAGCCUGACAAAAAAAAGAAGAAGAAGGCUGCUGCCGAAGGGCCCGCAAGAUCGAAGGAGCCCAAUGCCACCGCGAACGAUGCACCUGCACCUGUUGCAAGUGAACAGGCUAGCGGAAGCGACGUCUCUAAGAACGCCGCGGCUGCCGCUGAUGCCACACCGUCUGUUGCCCCCAUUAUCGGGUCCAGCUACAACCUCGACAAGCACAUUGAGGUGCUGCAGAACGGAGUGUCAACUGAAUUCAGCAAGAGCCUUAGCCGUGAACUCGAAGGGCUGUACCGCCGUUUCGAUGACGAACGACGUAGCUGGGAUGCUGCGUCCGCAGCCAAGCAGGACCAGGUCCUCCGCUUGGUUUCGAGCACGCUGUCUGACAAUGUGGAGAAGAACCUUGCUCGGAUUGUGUCUGACAGCAUCCGAUCUGAGGUGGUGCCUGCUCUGGCUGAUUUGACAUCCUCUGCCGUUGGGAAGCAGCUGAACACGGUCAUUGCUCAGCAGAUUGGAGGCGCGGUUCCUCGUGAAAUGCGACAGUCGCUACCAGAAUCAGUCACUCGUGCGCUGCAGCAGCCCGAUGUGGUCAAGGUUUUGUCGGAGGCCGUGAGCCAGAAGUUUACGCCUUACCUUGACGGCGAAAUUUCGAAGACACUGCAGAAUACGAUUUCCCCAGCUUUUAAGAACUUGACGGCCCGAGUCAUGGAGAAGACCGACAUAGAGCGUCAGAUGCAGGCUCAGUUGAAACAGUACGAAGUGCAGCGUCAGAAAGAUGCCGCGAAGAUCGACCAGCUCACCACCCUCGUCCGUGGUCUAUCCGAUACGGUUGCUUCCAUGGCUGCCGCGCAGACGAAUUUCCAGAACGAGGUGUUGAAGCUCAAUCGCGCGGUGCUACCGCAGUCGGGCGAGCAGGACCGACGACAGUCGCCUGCGACAGCUCUAUCUGCGGCACCCAGCGGUCCUGCUACGGGCCCAGAGGAACUGGAGCUAGCGGAGAUCGCCCGGCUGAUGAGCGAGGGUCGGUAUGAAGAGGGCUCUGUGAAGUGGCUGCAAUCCACCCAACAGGCCGAUUUGUUCGACAAUCUUUUCAUUCAACUGAACCCUUCGUACCUGACCGACCUUUCGCCGAUUGUAGCAUUGUCCGUCGGUGUUGCUGUUACAUCCUCUCUCCAGACCAAUGUUGCCGAACGUCUCACCUGGCUGGAUGUUGUCCUGCAGACUGUCAACCCUAUGGAUGCGGACAUUCGCGAGGUCGCUCCCAGAAUCAUGGAAAUUCUGCUCCAGCGUCUUGAUACCCUGUACAUGUCGAUCGCCCAGAACGCACCACACGACCCCGUUCUUCGCAAGAUUCCACCGCUUUCACGGCGGGCGCGGGCGCUUCGUGGCUAA